AUGUCCCCCACACUCACUCCCCCACCCACCCCCUUCGGCGCUCCCAUGCGCAAACACUUCCUCAUGGACCCCGCCUACAAGAACCUCAACCAUGGCUCCUUCGGAACCCACCCCCGCACCCUCCAACACACCCUCCGCGAAUACCAAACAGCCGCCGAAUCCCGCACCGACCCCUUCAUCCGGCGCACGCAGCCCGCCCUGCUCGACGAAUCCCGUCGCCAAAUCGCCCAAUACCUCAACGUGCCGACCAGUACCUGCGUGUUCGUCAAGAACGCCACGACGGGUGUUGACACGGUCCUGCAUAAUCUGCCGCUCGGGGAGGGCGACGUCAUCGUUUACUUCGCUACUGUCUACGGCGCUGUUGAGAAGGGGCUUGUUUCGUUGGCGGAGAGACGGCCGGGGCUGGGGCUGCGGAGGGUGGAGUAUAACUUUCCGGUUGGGCAUGCGGAACUGGUGGAGGGGUUUGAGGAUGUUGUUGGGAAAGUUAGAGAAGAGGGGGGAAAGGUCAAGGCGGCCGUGUUUGAUACGGUUGUGUCGAAUCCCGGUGUCAGAUUCCCGUUUGAGAAGUUGGUGGGUGUUUGUCGGCGGGAGGGGAUACUGAGUAUUGUGGAUGGGGCGCAUGGGGUGGGGAUGAUUCCGUUGGAUUUGGGGGCGCUGAAGCCGGAUUUCUUUACGAGUAAUUGUCAUAAAUGGCUCUACGUCCCCCGCAGCUGCGCCGUCCUACACGUCCCACACCACAACCAACACCUCAUCCGCACGACCCUCCCCACCUCCUGGGGCUUCAUCCCCGGACCAACCUCACCCACUACAGCGCCGUCCCCGGUCGAAAGCGACGGCGACGAGAAAACGCCCUUCGAGCGGCUCUUCGAAUUCGUCGCUACGGCAGACGACACGCCGUACCUGUGUGUGCCUGCUGCGCUGCGCUUCCGCAGGGAUGUCUGCGGGGGGGAGGAUGCUAUCUAUGCUUAUCUGGAGAGGUUAGCGCGUGAGGGCGCUGAUGUUGUUGCUGCUGCGUUGGGGACAGAUGUGCUUCAGGAGAGAGGGUUGAGGGGGGGAGAGGAGAGUUUGGUGAGGGCGUGUGGGAUGGGGACUGUGAGGUUGCCUGUUGCUGUUGCUGUCUCCGGAGGAGGUGAUGGUGGUACUGCUGCUGCUGGUAUCAAUGGUGACGACAGAGUAAGGGGGGUAAAGAUUGAAGCAGACGAGGCACCCACCGUAACGAAGUGGAUGCAAGAUACGCUGAUAGACAAGUACGGCACGUUUGUGCCGGUGUUUGAGCACGGGGGAUGGUUGUGGGUGCGGUUGAGCGCGCAGGUUUAUCUUGAGAGGAAGGAUUUCGAGUGGUUGGGGGGUGUGCUUAGGGAGGUGUGUGGGAGUUUGAGGGCGAAGUAUAGGGCUAAUUUGUGA